AUGCAGUUGUGUUUCUUCGUAUUGGACAGAGAUACAGGAAGUGCAUAUAUACCAAUAAUUUCGACGUCAGACGAUGGUAGUAUAAAACGCGAUUAUGUUCCACUGCACUUAACGAUCAUGACUCUCAGACUUUUACAUACAGCGAAUUGCCUUCACUAUGAUCUCACCUUCACUGUGGAUCCUAAAAGUGAAGAAUUCCAGUGUGAUGAGGUGAUUUCGCUUGAAAUCGUGAAAGCGAGCGAUAGUCUCGAAUUGAACGUUCAAAAUUUGAAAAUCACCUCGGCAAAAUGGAAUGGUACCGCAGUGGAUUUCUCAAUUGACGAGCUGAAACACCUCUUGGUUAUUCACAAGGAAUUGGUUGUUGGCGAUAAGGCAGACUUAUCGGUUCUGUGUGCAGGAACCUUCAGCCAUGACAUGUACGGAGUCUACAAGUCGUCCUACGAGGAUGAGGACGAUGAUGGAGAAGAAGAAAACGAUGAAGAGGGUCUGGUUAAAGACGAUACUAGCGAUUCUGGUGGUGUGGAGAAGUUGGAUGCAGCUGAAAACUCCAAUGCGAAUCUCACUCUGGCCUUAUCGGCUAUGGCAUUGUCUAACGAGAAGGCUCCAACAGAAAAUGCAGAAGAAGAUUCUGCCGAGGAUAACUACCUAGUUUCAACACAAUUUGAGCCAAUUGGCGCCAGGCGUGCUUUUCCAUGUAUUGACGAUCCGGCUAGAAAAUCUCAUUUCACCAUCACUUUGGUUCAUCCAACGGCUUUGGUGGCGUUGCUGAAUAGCCCUGUGGCAGAAACCCAGAGCAUAGACAGCUUCUGGAUGCGUACCAAGUUCGAAAAGUCGCCCCUCAUGUCAACGUACUUAGUUGCCUUUGUUGUUGGAGACCUUGAAAGCUUGAAAAGUGACAAAUAUCCAAUGACCGUCUGGACGCUUCCUGGCGGAGCGGAAGAUGCUUAUUUUGCUCUCGAGGCGGCUGAACAGUGCUUGCCUUUCUAUGAAGAGAUCUUCGACUACAAGCUUCCGUUGAAGAAAUUGGACUUGGUGGCCAUACCCGAUUUCGCCAAAAGUGCAAUGGAAAACUUUGGCUUGAUUACCUUCAAAGAAUCAGACUUGCUUAUUGGUGCCAAUGCCGCUCAGUAUCGGAAAGAGGUGGCGUUUGAGACAGUUGCUCACGAAAUAUCGCACCAGUGGUUUGGAAACUUGGUGACCAUGGAUUUCUGGGACGACCUUUGGCUCAACGAGGGUUUUGCUACUUGGAUGCUGUGGUACGCAAUGGACCAUUUCCACCCAGACUGGAACGUCUGGGAAAAUUACAUUAUUUACACGCUUCUGACUGCAUUCCUAGUGGAUGGCCGUGCUUCUGCUCAUCCAAUUAUCAUGCAGAUUAAAAGCUUCAACGAUAUCGAACAAGCAGGAGAUGACAUCACUUACAAGAAAGGCUGUGCUAUAGUUGUCAUGCUUUUCAACUUUUUGGGGAAAGACGUCCUUUUUGCUGGGCUUAGAAAGUACAUUCAGAAGUUUGCUUGGGGAAAUGCCAAGUCAGCCGACCUCUGGAGUUGUUUGGAGGAAGUAAGUGGAGAGAAAAUUGAUAGUUUGAUGGAGUGUUGGGUAUCAAGACCGGGCUAUCCUAUUAUUUCUGUGGAGGAGUUGGAGAAUGGUAAAUUGAGGUUGACGCAGAAAAGAUAUCUUUCUUCUGGUGAAACCGAUAACCAAUGCAAGCCAUACAUUAUUCCUUUGACUAUUGAGUCGUCUGAGGGGCCUCUCAAAUUGGUAUUUGACGACGAAACGAUGGAAUUGCAAGUUCCUGAGGGCUCGUAUUAUUUGAACCCUGACCACUUUGGAUAUUAUGUGACAUCAUAUCCUUCGACACGGUGGGUAGAACUUGCCAAAUUGGAAACAUCAACCAAGGACCGCAUUGGAACACUUUUAGACUGCGAAAUGGCAUCUUCUGCGGGAGAAAUCCUGGUCAUUCCUUUCCUUCAGCUUGCAGAGCAAUUUGCAACUAUCGAAAAUGCAACCUUAUUCGAUGCCAUCAUUGAGAGCUACUUUGAUCUCAUGGAUGCGUUCCUAGCUGAUGAAAAAUUGUGGACUGGACUCUGCAAUUUCGGACAGUCUAUGAUCGAGAAGCAUGUUUCGUCGUGUUACGUGAAAUCAGAAGAUGACUCCGAUAAUGACUCUCAGUUCAAGGGUUCUGUUCUCCGUUUUGCUGCGUUUGUAAGAGCACCAGAGAUCAACCAGUACUGUGAUGAUCAAUACAGCGAUUUUAUCGACAAUGAUGAGCUUUUGGAUCCAGAAGAGGCUAGGAUUAUCUUCAGAAAUAUAGUUCGGAGAAGAGAUGGUGAAUCCUGGAACAGUUUGUGGGAGGUGUUCCAGAAGGAAAAGGAUGAGUACACUAAAGAGGAUAUUCUUGCCAGUCUUGGAAACACUGGGGACAAGGAAGUCUUACUGACGUAUCUUGACUACAUUUUACAUUCAGAAUUGAUAAAGCCGCAGGAUAUGCUGAUGUGUUUAGUAUCUAUUUCGAACACAUUGACAGGGGUUGAUCUAUUGUGGAAAUGGUUACGUGAAAAUUGGGAUGAGCUCUCUACCAAAUUGGAGAAAGGAUCGGUGAUCCACUUAGCAGUGAUUGGAUCAUGUAUUGGUAGUCUUUGUACUGAAGAACAUUUGAAGCAGCUCAACUCGUUCUUUGCUGACAAAGAUGAAGUCUUCGAAAGCAUGGUUACCAACUUGAAAGAAAAGGUUAAAUCCAAAAUUGCCAAGUUCGAGAGAAACAAGAUUCCUGUGACAGAAUGGCUUGCAGGAAGAAAUCUUCUUGUGGACUAA